AUGGGACCCGCCGAUGAAGCGGAUGACACUGAGCAAACACAGGAGCCAUUCUCGUCUUCCGAGGAUGAGGCACCUGCCGACCCACAUUCGGACAUACCUGAUGAGUUGCAAGUCAUCCUCUCAAGCAGCUGUUCUACCCAAUCAUUGGAUGAUAUGCUUUCUAUCCCUCAGCCCCCUGAGUCGCCUUUGUCUGAUCACUUGUCUCUACCAGUUACAACAUCGGACUCGAACUCCUCUCCUGGUUCAUUACCAGGCCCUCAUUUUUCCCUAACAAUUACUGCACCGUCUGGGAUCAGUUAUGAGCCAACAUAUUCAGAUGAAGAAGGCGACCAUAUGCGUGAGGACGACACUGGCAAGAAGAGCUUCGACUUCACCAGUGAACUUAACCGUCUGAAUCAAGGUGGUGUGCGACUCAGCUUCGUAGAGCAGUUGGAAGAGGCUUUCAAGACACCGCAAGUAUUCCUUUCUGAUUCUGGCUCUGCGUCAGAGUCGCACACAAUUUCCCCUGUCUCACUGGACUGGGAGCUCCCUGUGGAACCUAAGGCCAACCUCAAUCGAACUGGGGAGCUGAAUGGAGGCUUCCAGUUUGGCAAGCCAACAACGCCGUUAAACAUCGCCGUUCCCCCAAUGAAGGGACUUCACUCUCGCACAAACACUGAGACGAGUAACUUAAGUGCUCGCGAAAUUGAGCUUCUCGAAGAUUUGGAUGCUUCAAUGGAGUGCUGUAUCUCAUUGGAAUCUGAUACGCAGUCCAAGCGGGAGGCUAGAUUCUCAGUCACAGACUGUGCCCCAUCCCAUAGCGGCCACAGUCGUGGAGAAUCCGUAAUGAGCAUUUCACCUCUUGGAUCCAUUAUCGAUUCAGGUGUAUCUGAUCCGUUCGGAUACUGGGAUGAAAUAGCUGGUCCUCAAAUCCCAUUGCCCCCUGCUCCGUCGUUAGGUCAUUCCCACAGCGACUCACUAGCAAGCAUCCCUUCAAUGUCCAGUCUCGGCCGAAUCAUCAAGCCUGCAGAUGCAAUCCCUUCGGCUAUGCGACCACUGACAACAGUCAUUCGCGAAGCAUCUCUCAAGCUACCGACUUCUCUCUGA